CUCGAGCACCAGAGCUGACCGUCAGCGCAGAUAGCAGGCACCCGCUCAGGCUAACUCGCGUUCGGUUUGGAUUUUGGUAUGGAAACUCGUACGGCUGCGCGGAGCUCUCGCGCCCCCAACACUCUUACCUUUAAGAGUGGAUUGUCUCUCUGGUUGGUGGUGUGGCUGCUGGCAUGUCGCUGUGCACCGGGUCAGGCAUGUCCCAGGCUGUGUGUAUGCUACCAUAUGCCCAUGACUGUCAGCUGCCAGUCUCAGAACUACACAGCUGUUCCUGCGGGUGUGCCUUAUGACUCCCAGCGUGUCUUCUUGCAGAACAACCACAUCAUUGAGCUCAGAGCUGACUCUUUUGGUUUCGAGACUCAGGUCCUGUGGUUAUACUCCAAUAACAUCUCAUGGAUCGAAGCAGGUGCAUUCAGUAAUCUGCGUGUACUGGAGGAGCUAGAUUUGAGUGACAACCCAUCUCUACGCAGACUGGACGGAGGCACAUUUACAGGGCUGGAGCGACUACAGAGUCUUCACAUGCACCGUUGUCGCCUAACCGAGCUGCCCGCCGAACUCUUCCACAAGCUCUACAGCCUUCAGUUCCUCUACCUGCAGGAAAACCAGCUCACCCACCUCGCUGAUGGCCUCUUCUCCGACCUGGUCAAUCUCACCCAUCUAUUCCUGCAUGGCAACCGCAUUCGAGCUCUGUCUGAAAAUGUCUUCCGUGGCCUGGUAAACCUCGACCGUCUCCUGCUGCAUGAAAACCGCAUCCGUCAGGUCCACCGGCGUGCUUUUCGUGACCUGGGCCGAUUGACCAUCCUCUAUCUGUUCAACAACUCUCUGCAAGAGCUUCCAGGCCAGGUGCUGAAAGAUACAUCGUCGGUGCAGUUUCUCAGACUCAAUGGCAACCCCUGGACCUGCGGCUGUGAAGCCAGGUCGCUCUGGGAGUGGUUCCGCAUAGCUCGGAUUUCCAGCUCAGACCUAACCUGCAUGACACCAGCCCCCCGUAAGGGCCAGGACCUGAGGUUUUUGCGGGAAUUGGACUUUGCCCUCUGCCCACUGCCUGACCCAGGAUCCCUGGCUGGCACUACAACCACCACCUUCAGCACCAAAACACGCUGGUGGUUCUCUAAGAACAAACCAGCAUCAUCAUCUAAGAGCUUUCACAAGAGUACAGAGUCACUGAAGGCCUUUCCGUUCACCUCCUUCAAGCAUUCCUCAUCUUCAUCUUCAUCUUCCUCGUCCUCCAAGUAUGAUCUCACGGCGGAUGAGGCCGCGUUACCCAAGUUGGAGCCUGAAGAGUACUGGGCAAACUACGGCAAUGAGGAUGCAGCCUCAGUCCGCUGUUUUGAGCUCGAGUGUCCACUCGAUGAUGAGUCUCCUGUUCUCUCAUCUUCAACUUCUCUUUGGUCCUUCUUCUCAAUGUCAGCUUUGACUCUUUCUUUCCAUCUGCUCUUCAGCUGAGUUAUCCUUCUCUACUUUCUCCUCCACUUCUGUUACACUACAUUUCUCCUGCGAUGGGGCUGAUGCUAACAGACGCAAAGAAGCAGCCGUGCAGAAAAAGGAGACAAGAAUGUCACGGAACAAGUCUCAUGCUGUAACACACUCUCGCACUCAAGCACAUGCACAGAUCAAUAGUGCAGGUCUUACAAAAGCUAUUGCAUGCAAGCACUCCCAGCAGACUUUGCACCACCAACUGAAGUCAUGUCCUUAUCUAAAAUCAGACAACAGGACAAGCAGAGGGUAAACAAGACAGAAAGAGAAUGAGAAAUAAAGGCAGAAAUGAAACUUGGGAGAAGCAAAUGUCACUCAACUGUCGUAGAGGGUGGGAAAAAGUCUCUACACAGAGACUUCAAGCUCUCAUACCAGCAAAUGAGACCAUGUAAAUAAUGAAUGAUCAUAAUAUCCAUUAUAUACAGGAACACAAGACAGGUUUUUUUCAACAAGAGACAGAACAUGCUAUAGACACUAGAUUAGAAAGUAGAUUUAUUUUAGAUUUUGGUGAUUGUUGGCGAUUAUCUAUAGAAUAAAGAACGUAAAUUAAACUACACCAGACAUAGUAUCACAUACAGGACACUGGCUCCAAAACGUAUUUGGGCACCUAAGCCACUCUUACAGAUGUAUGAAUGUCAUUGCAUUCAGCUAGCACAAACACACUAUUCAAGCUAAAAAGUUUAUUAAAAAGUUAAAAAAAAGAUAUUACUGUUGAAAAUUAAGAACAAGCAUUUGGACACGUUUCGGUUGUCAAACAUUUGCUUAAAACAACCAUAGCAAUUGGAAAAAUGGCAGAGAAAAGUUACGUUAGUUCUGAGAAAAUGCUCUAGAAUCAUUUGUUUGUAGAUGCCACUUGGAUUUAUAUUUUUUAAUCUAAUGUUAUGGAAUUCAUUCAUUUCUUAGAGUGGCUUGAGUGUCAAAACACUUUUUGGGGCGACUAUAAAUUAUAGAGCCAACAGAUCCUGAAAAAAAUAACUAAUGGAAGAAAAAAUGAGCCAACUUCACUUUAUUUUUUUCAUUCGUAGUGUUUCGUGUUAAUCAUUGAGACAUCUGUGUUAAGUUUUUUGGGUUGUAUAAGUUAAUCUGAGUUGUGCCAGGUACUUUGGGUGUCAAGUAAAUGUAGGGCAGGAAGUCAAUGUUUAAUUUAACCUCAAGUACUUAGAAACUUCUUGAGGUGACAGAUUUGUGUUUUCCGUUUCUGUAAGAUAUCCCACUGUCUUUCUCUCUGAGCGAGUGUUCAGUUGUGUACAGAAUCAAAUGAUAAACAGUAUUAUGGUUUCUGUCUAAAAACUUGUAAAUAAA